CAUCUGUCAUACAAAAAACGGUCAUACAAAGAACAGACUCGAUAAGCAGCUCGGCGGACUACAACGAAUAAGGGAGAAAGGGAGAGGAUUAUAGAACAACCGUCGGCUGCAGGUUACACGGCGAAGCAGACAAAGUCGUCUCCUUCUCAUCCGCCCACCUUCGCCAUAAAACUCGACAAAUCCCGCUUUCCCGCCCAAGCAUCAAUACUCGGUGUUUUCUCGUCGCUCCCGAAUAACGACAACUCAAAAUGAACUACGUUAUCCUCAAAAGGCCAUGGCCCACGCGCAAGCGUUGGAUGUGGCUUCUCAUGCUGGCCGAGCUCCUCUGCCUCAUCCCCCUCCUUAUCCUCCACGGCAUCGCCCAGCCCAAUACCUGGCGCACCACACUGUGGCAGGUCGGCUAUGACCACGGCUGGAACUCCGACCCUCGCAUGAUUCUCUAUGCCUAUGCGAAUUACCGACCACUCCCGGAGAUUCCCAUGGUCUGGUCGCAAUUCAUCACCGACUUCAACGUCAUCAUCACCAUCGUCUCCCUCUUCGCCCUCCUCCUCAAGAUGGUCGGCUUCAUCAUGCACGUCCUCUUCCCUCUCUUCGCCCUCCUGCUCCACCUCGGCCUCGUCGCCAUCUGGACCGUCUCCGUCUACGGCCAGAUAGGCCGCGACUACGCCGACCCGCUCUACCCCUCCCCCGUGGCCUGGUACAUCUACCGCUCCUGCGACGCCGCCGGCGGGCGCUACCACGCCGUCCGCUCCUGCCACCUCGCCCGCGCCAGCUUCGCCGUCUCGGUCCUCAUGCUCUUCGUCCUCGUCGUCAACCUUGGCCACGCCAUCCGCGGCAUGUGGCCCACCGAAAACGACCGUCUGCCGCCCGGCCAGCGCCGCAGCCGCAGCCGCAAGGGUGGCGAAGGCAGUGAGGACGACGACGACGAUGAUACUUCCAACUCGGAUGCCAGCCCCUCCGACGCCAAGCAUGGUCAGGAGAGGUGGGAGAUGAGCAACUUUGCGUCCGGUGGUGCGGGGCCUGGUGGUGCUAGGGGCCCUGCGUCGCCGGGCUUCCCGCCCCGGAGUCCUGGGUUCCCGGCACCGCCUUUCACGCCGCGGACGACGGCCUUCCUUCAGUUGGAUCGGAAGCUGCCGCUGCGGCAGCACUAUGGGUAAAGGUCGGUGAAGGGAAUCGCGGGCCGGUUCUAGUGACGGUUAUUAUUUUUCGUUUCUUUCUUAUACUAUGAUUCUGUCAGUCUCGUGGGGGAGUUCGGU